UGAUGACGUUAUACGCUUAUCAACAGCCUGUGGACGGAAGAACAAGUUACAACGCGCCAAGAGGACUACGGAGGAAGAAAAUAUACAGCUGUUGCUGAAAUGUCGCAGCAAGGUGCUGCUCUGCAGAGCUAUAACAAUGAGCUAGUGAAGUGUAUCAAUGAUUUGUGUCACAAACGUGAUGACAUUCACAAGCAGAUCCUACAAGAGGAAGAGGAGAAACAAAAACUGCAGAAUGACAUUCGGAUCCUCACCGAACGGCUGGCCAAGAUCAACGAGAGUCUGAGUAAAAAGAUGGCAUCUCGGAAUGAGUUCGACAAGACGAUAGCAGAAACAGAGGCAGCUUACAUGAAAAUUUUAGAAAGCUCACAGACAUUAUUAAAUGUGUUAAAACGGGAAUCCCAAAGUCUACGAGAGAAAAGCACUGUAGGUGGAGGAGCGUCACAGAGAACAUUGAACCAGACAUGAUCUCUGACAAUCACCCGACCCUUUAAAAACAAUCUGAUAUAGUUGAGUUAUUCCCCUUGCACACCUGUUUGCUGGAUCACCUGUGUAGACUCUGUGUAAUGGAUCUCGUCUGGCAGGGCCAUCACACUCCUCUGUCUUACCUUUCUGAUAAAUCUUGAUUUCAAAAGUUUUUCAUGCUAUUAUUUACAUUCUAUAUUUUUAUAGAUCUGUCAAGUAUAUUGUAUCCAACAAUUCCAACCUAUAAACAUAUCUGUACAGAUAUUUUGUAUAUCAGAUUUUCAAUAUCGUUCUGUCAGUCUGAGCCCUUGAUAACCUCUAAUUUGUAUUUGUCCCCCUAACAACGGAGUAUAACAGACAAAGGUAGUUGGCAGGAGAAGAUAACAUGUUGGACCAACAGUGUUGUGACAAACAAUUUUUGAUCUGUCGAACUGUGAUAAAUAAUAUACAUGUAGCAACUGUAUCAUAGAUAUUCACAUUAUAUGUAUAAUGAUGUAUUUGUUCUUGCUUUUGAAGAAUUGGAAUCAUGUAUAAAUUCUUUUUUUGUGUAUAAACAUGAUAAAAAUACUGAGUGAUGUAAUUAUUUAGUUAGUAUUUUAGAAUUUCAUGAAGUAUUUUUGCUUUCACAAACUUUUUAUCUGCAUCAUAAGGGACCAAUUCACAAUUUGCCUUUGCUUGAUAGAAACUUUUCCUAUAUAAUUGUUGAUAAUUAAAAGCUGAUAUAUGGCUAUUCUCUCUAUCUUUAGUGUCAGUACUGUAUCAGUAUAUGCAACAUCAGUAAAUUAACAUUACAAAAACUACUGGGUAUGCAAGUUUCACAAAGUGUGGAUUUCAAAGUUCAUACAAUAUUAUCUUACCUGGCCUAGUCAUCGUUUUGUAGUGAUUUUCUUAUACAUGAUAUAUAUGUAUUUUUUAUUUAUUUUUCAAAAAUGCUGUUUUCGUAGCUUAAAUUUUCAUUUUUUUUUAUUGAAUGCCGUUGUUCAGUUGUCAAAUCCUUCCUUUCUGGUUUGAAAAUGUGUUCUUAAAUGUCCUUAACUUUAACAUGCGACAUUAUCUUAGAAAUAAAUGUGCUCUUAUAAAUAAUGAAUAUGUCUUUUUCUCCCUCAAGCAUAAACUGUACGUGCUGGUUUUCCUGUACAGCAUAGUUUCACGUGUAUACAGCUUCCUGUGGCUAGGUUUCGAUUUUACAGAGAGGAAGAAAGUUGUGACUGGAUAAAUUAUGAGUAAAUGAGUAACAUGGAUAUACACUCACCAGAUACCAAUGUACAACCUGCAUCAUUCACUGUAGAAGUAGAUAUUUCAGCAUUGCCAUUUUCCAAAAUCUAAAUUUAUAUGCAUCGAUCAUCAACUUUGUCAAAAAAACUUUUAUUUUAUUUUCGGAGAUGGUUUUGCUAAAAAAUUAAUUCAGCUUGUUCCAAAUGUUGAAAAUGUGUACUUGUACAGUGGUGACAGAAUAUAUUUUGUUGACAGUUGUAUAUACCAUGUGUUGGAAUAAAUGAUAUUUUAAUGUG